UGGUCGAAAGUCUCUACUUUAGUAGAGGUUGGGAUCCUGCCUACGAAAGUCUGGUGCAAAUGAAUUAAGGGCAUGAUGGACUCGACCAACUGAAUAGGAGCUAAAUUUCAAAUUGCAUUAAAUAAGGUACAAAUUCUUAGCUGGCUUUAGUAUAGCCACGAAGCCGCUACUCCGCCCUCCCUUCAUCAUGCAGGUAUUUCUGACGCGGAACCACUGACCUCCAUGUAUCAUCAGCCCACCGCUAUUAUGGAAGCACGUAAUGCAAGAAUGAGCAAGGACAUUGCAGAGGGACUCGUUUCGGCUCGCACCAUUUGGGACCGUCUUGGGACAUUUCCUCAUGUUAAAAUAAGCCAUGAUGGUGACCUCCUCAUCCCGAUAGCUCUUUCCCGAAAACUCUCCCAGCUUCUUGAUGAAGAGGAGAAAGGGCUCACAACUGAAAUUAUCGACAUUCCGACCCUGCCUACACAACAUCUGCCGCAUCCCCCCCUUCCCUUUGACAGUUUUAGCCAUCAGUCAUCUCUCCAUAAAGUAACCAGAGUCACACGGAAAUUAUUCACCGAUUAUACUGUUAAUUGGCCGCUUGGAGCAGUUGUUGAGUAUCCAAGAACCACUGACUCCCCAGAGGAACGCAUCGUCCAUAUAUUCCAUGCUAUGCACUGAUGGAUCACAACGGUGCACAUCCUCGGUGCAGGGAACAACAUUCAACUUGUGAGUGUCGUAUUGCGUGUAAUUGUAUACUGAUUCCUAAUUUAGGUCAAGGAAUGAAAGUUUGCGAGUUUUGUAACCUAGAGUUACAGUCCAUCCAGCAUGCCGCGAUGAUGUCAGUACCCGAGUCCGUGAUGAACAUCACCUGCAUUGCGGAAA